GUCUAGUAGUACAUGAAGGACGACAGGUCGAACCCAGAACCUUUCGCUCUGGACAAGGCUUUCACCGAGUAGGAUCAUUCGCCUGUAUCGAGACGGUCGACGGAAUACGCGUGUCGUAUCUUUGGAAUUCGCGAAAGGAAUCGCUCGUUCGACCUCCACCUUGGAUACAAUGACCUGCACUGGUCUCCAACCCUCUCUUCGAAGGCUGGUCCUCGAAGCCAGUCGAACGCACGAAAUCCAUUCGUUCCUUGCGCCCUCGAUCUCACAGUCACGAUGUUUCUCUGCCACAGCCGCCCACCGUUCCCGAAUUGGGAAAACAGCUAUCGCGAUCCCUCCUGAUGUGUCGCUACGCUUCUGCGAUGUACCGAAAGCAACUGCAAGAAGCAGGAACCCUGACGCACCGGUCAGCAUCUUGGAAGUUACAGGGCCUUUGGGCCAAUUGACACUACCCAUACCACAAUAUCUGUCGACGUCGCAAGAUUCAGAUGGCAAGAAACUCAACGUGAGCGUUCUCGAGUCUGACGAAACUCAUCAGAGGUCUAUGUGGGGCACCAUGCGAGCUCUGAUACAAAACACCAUUUCCGGGGUGUCGGAAGGUCACACUUGUAUUCUACGUCUCGUCGGCGUCGGUUAUCGUGCUACUGUGGAAGACAGCGCAACCACCAAAAAGCCCGAGUACCCGGGUCAAAAGUUCGUCAACCUGAAACUUGGAUUCGCCCAUCCCGUGGAGAUGGGUGUCCCCAUGGGAGUCAAGGCGAGCACACCACAACCAACCAGAAUAUUGCUUGAGGGAUGUGACAAGCAGGUUGUGACGCAAUUCGCUGCGGAGAUUCGCCGAUGGAGGAAGCCUGAGCCAUACAAAGGCAAGGGUAUUUUCGUCAAUGACGAGACUAUCAGAUUGAAGGGAAAGAACAAAUAGAGAAGUGAGUAGACAAUGGCUUCGGCAGGGACUGAAGAUAUAUUUUCGGUCCUUUUUGCGGCAGCGGAGCAGAAGAGCAAAAGACGACUCUUGUCGUUAUCUUUGUAGCAUCAGCUUCUAUGUACUCUAUAACUUUGCAGCCAAAACUUCCUGUAC